AUGGCUGGUGUGGCCAACAAUAUACAGAAAAUUUUACGUCAUCAUGUUCCAAUGAUUCGAUUUAAAUACGGUGUGAAUCAUUCAGAUUCAACUAAUCAUGCACCGAAAGAAAAUAAAAGUGAAUCUAAUACAGCUAAAACAAGUGGUGCUACUACUUCAUCACAAUCAAAAAUUAGUCAAAAAUCAGGCUCACUUGAAUUUUCUCAAAUACCUAAUAAAUAUCGACGACGUCAAUUAACACAAGAAGAAAUCGAUCUUGUUACAAUUGGUGGAUCUACUUAA